AUGCCAUCAUAUAAUAUUUUGCCAGAAUCUGUUCGAGAUGGUAUACAGACAGUAAAUUUGGAUCCUAAUAAUUUGUUUGAUAAUCUUCAUACUAUGAUCCAUGAAGACUCGAAUAACAAUGAACCACAGGUUGUAGAACAUUUCAACUAUCAACAAGAAUUAGAUAAAUCAUUGUUAUCAAGAGGCUCAAUAAUUGGAUUAGGGUUCAGUUUAAUGAGUCCAGUUUUAGGAAUGUGCACCAGUAUGUCAAUUGGUUUACUUAACGGUGGGCCCCUUACCAUAAUGUUUGGAUUCCUUAUCAGCGGUUUUUGUAUAUGGUUUUGUUCUUUAUCAUUAGGUGAAAUUGUAUCUAAAUUUCCUAUGGAAAUUCAUAUUGGGAGUGCCAUGUUAGCACCAGACUCCUUUAAAUUGAUUUGCUCAUGGUAUACUGGCUGGUUAAUGCUUAUUGGAAACUGGACUAUGAGUACAAGUAUUACAUUUGCAGGUGCCCAGUUAACUAUCUCUUUAAUACUUAUGACUAACUCAGAUUUGAUAGAUGAGACUCAUUUAAUAUUUUAUACUGUUAUCGUCUUCUAUCUUGUAGUAACUAUUGUUGGAUUUAUCAAUUUGAAAUUUGCAAGAUUCAUUGAGAUUAUCAAUAAAGUUUGUGUAUACUGGAUCAUCUAUGCUAUUAUAUUCAUUGAUAUUCUACUGUUAAUUUUCCAUAAAGGAAAAUACCGUUCUUUGAAAUAUGCUUUAUUUCAUUUUGAUAAUAGUUUGUCUGGCUGGAAAAAUGUUUUUUUAUCAUUUGUUAUUGGGUUCCAACAAUCUAACUUUACUUUACAAGGAUUUAGUAUGUUACCAGCCUUGGCAGAUGAAGUUAAAAAACCUGAAAGAGAUAUUCCUCAAGGUAUGUCAAAUGCAGUCCUUUUGUCUGCCUUUUCAGGUAUUAUAUUUUUAUUACCAGUCAUGAUCAUCCUACCUGACAUAGAAACUUUAUUUACAAAUCAUAAAGUGUUACCUAUUGUCAAUAUUUUCACCCAAUCUACCCAUUCUAUGAUUGUAUCAGUUUUCCUUAUCCUAUCAAUCUUGGGAAACUUAUUCUUUUCAGGGAUUGGUUCCAUUACUGCAUCGUCAAGAUCUGUUUACAGUUUUAGCCGCGAUCAUGCUAUCCCGUAUUAUAAUUUAUGGACUUUUGUUAAACCAGAAUCAGAAUCAAAAGUUCCUAAAAAUUCCAUUUUAUUAAGUAUGGCAAUCUCCUAUUUAUUGGGUAUUUUAGCGUUAUUUUCCACUGCUGCGUUUAAUGCAUUUAUUGGUGCUGCAGUAUUAUGUCUAUGUUCUGCAACAUGUAUACCAUUAGUGUUAGUAUUAUUUAGAAGAAGGAGAGUGUUAAAAAAUGCGCCAAUUAAAAUAAGAUAUAAAUUUGGGUGGGGGAUUAAUAUAUUAUCCAUCAUAUGGUUAUUAUUAUCUAUGUUUUCGGUGUGUCUACCAACUAGAAUUCCUGUCACUGCAAAGACAAUGAAUUAUGCACUCAUAGUCUAUGUUCUUUGUCUCAUUAUAAUAACCAUAUUAUAUUUUAAAUGGGGAAAAUAUAAUUUCAAAUUACCAUUGCAUGAAGGUGAAGAUAUCAUAAAACGCAAUAAUAUUCAAAUAACAAAUCAUAAUGGAUAUGCUAAUCUAAAUCAAGAUAUAUCCGAAACAUUUGAUGAAGAAUCAUAUGUGUUACAAUCUCAAAAUACAACCAAUAAUAAUAUGCAAUUUGCCGAUAACAAUGAUAAAAUAGAGGAAAUUAGUACAAAUAAGGUUAAUAGGCAAAAUGAUAGUGCAAAUAUAACUUCAAUAUCGGAAUAUGACACAAAAAUUACAAAACAAGAAGGUCCACCCAUAACAUUUAAUGAUGACAGAAACUCGUUCGAGUUAGUAUCCAAUCCAUUUGAAAAUAACGUUAAUGAAAUAUCACCAACCUAUGAAGAAGUUAAUGAUUGGGAUUUUGCUGUCCAAGAAAGUAUCAAUAGUGACAAUCACAAUUAUAAAAAAAGUUUUAUAGAGAAUAAUAAGAACACAGCAGCCUCAUAG